AUGUUAGAGCUUCUUCCUAAAAGCUUUGCGCGGAAAAUGACGACUGCAACAACGUCAUCGACUUUAACCAAAGCUGUUGGAGACAUCUCAUCUGUCUUUCCCAGUCUUCAGCCUGACUACAAACCAGAGCCCUUACCUCCUCGCUUUCAAACUCUAAAGUCGAAGUUCUUCAACAAAAAUGAACAUGACUUGAAGGAGAGCUGGAGCAGAUUGCUUCCCAGCCUGAAAGAGGAAGUUGAGAAAAUCAAAGACCUCGGCAGCGAUAUAAUCCCGUCAGUUUUAUUUUCCGAUCUUGUUGCCGGCAAGGUACCAGAAUCGAAAAUUGCCGAAAUAAGACACCGCGGCUCAGUGGUGAUUCGCAAUGUUGUCCCCCGAUCCACAGCCCUAGAAUGGAAAUCGAGAACAAAAGAAUAUAUUGCUGCCAACAGGGAUAAAGUGAAUGCCUUUCCUUCAGAUUCUCCUGCCGUUUAUGAGCUUUACUGGGCCCCAGCUCAAACAGAGGCUAGAGCACACCCGAACAUGCUAGAAACCCAGCGCUUUCUUCAAAGUUUAUGGCAUUCAUCAGACCCAAAUACGCAGCUCUCUGUCACCACUCCGCUCACAUAUGCUGAUAGACUGCGAAUCAGGCAGCCUGGGGACUCCAAGUUCACUUUAGGACCCCAUGCGGAUGGUGGAUCACUCGAGAGAUGGGAAGAUCCUGAAUACUCAAAAGUAUACAGCAAGAUUCUUGAAGGAAAAUGGGAAGAAUAUGACGCAUUCGACGCCAGACACAGAGUCAAGGCUAAGAUGGACUUGUACAAUGGAGCCGGUGCCUGCUCGAUGUUACGAUUCUUUCAAGGCUGGCUGGCCAUGUCUGACACAGGUCGCGGGGAAGGUACUCUGCAAGUAUGCCCAAUGAUUACCCACAGCACCGCCUACACCAUACUCAGACCUUUUUUUGAUGUAAAUUCAUCACUCCCGAAUCUCGACGCCACAUUCCCAGGUUCAGUUCCAGGGGCGUGUCAGGAGUAUAACCCAGUAACGCACCCGCACCUGGAGCUCCUGGAAACCAUGGUCUCCGCACCACGUGUCGAGCCUGGAGAUUUCGUGGCGUGGCAUUGUGACGCAUUGCAUUCGGUGGAUAAAGAACAUCAUGGUACUGGGGAUUCUAGUGUGCUCUACAUUCCGGCUACCCCUCUGUGCGAAAUGAAUGUUGAAUACCUCAAAAGGCAACGCGAAGCAGCUCUACAAUAUUCACCGCCUUGGGAUUUCCCGGGAGCCGGUGGCCCUGGAGAAAGUGGAUAUAAAGGAGCUGUGGACUGGUCUUCUGUGAAUCCUGACGGGCAGCGAGCGAUGGGGAUGGGAUCACGUAGGUGGGAAGUAACGGAGGACAUGAGUGAAGGUGAGAAAAAAGCUAUUGAGAAGGCGAAUAUGAUGUGUUUUGACAAAUAG